AUGAAAAAAUCUCUCAAGUCCCUCCCACACUACACAGGCACCCCUCCAACUCACUCGAGGAAGGGUUCCGGUUCCAGUCUUGUGUCAAAUUCCUCACUCAAUAGUUACAGCAGCAACCACAUAGCAGAGGAAGAACUAGCCUCUGAAAAUCUAUGGCAAACAUGGGGUAGGAUAGUGAAUGAAUGGGACAACUUCAAAAAGAAACCCAAUAAUGUCAAGGAAUUGGUAAGGAAAGGUAUCCCAAAUCCAUUCCGUGGUCUCGCCUGGCAGCUGCUGUUAAAUGUUCAUGACUCUCCAGCCAAAGAGCAAUAUGUUGAAUAUCUCAAAAAGACAUCCCCGAGUGAAAAACUCAUCCGGCGAGACAUUGCUCGGACGUUCCCAGACCAUGCUUUUUUUAAAGAAAAAGAUGGGCUUGGCCAAGAAAGUCUUUUCAACGUUAUGAAGGCAUAUUCACUGCAUGACCGAGAGGUGGGAUACUGUCAGGGGAGCGGUUUCAUUGUAGGAUUAUUAUUAAUGCAGAUGCCAGAAGAAGAGGCAUUUGCCGUCUUGGUAACUCUGAUGCAAGAAUAUCGUUUGCGGGAGUUAUUCAAGCCAAGUAUGGCAGAGCUAGGUCUUUGUAUGUAUCAAUUGGAAUGCUUGAUUCAGGAGCUCCUGCCUGAUCUUCACCUCCAUUUCCAAACACAAGGAUUUCACACGUCAAUGUAUGCCUCCUCUUGGUUUCUAACACUAUUUGCGACAAGUCUGCCACUAUCACUGGCUUGCAGAGUGAUGGAUUUGUUCAUCUCGGAGGGUAUGGAAAUCAUCUUUCGAAUUGGGAUGUCGAUUUUACAAAUGAGUCAGGAGAAGCUAAUGUCCCUUGAUAUGGAAGGCAUGUUAAAGUUUUUCCAGAAAACUGUGCCGGCAAUAUACGAACAGGACCAGGAUACUCUUAAUAAAUUUUGUCUUUUUGUUAUCUAUCUAUCUAUCUAUCUAUCUAUAUAA